GUCUGUGCUCUGCUGUCCUCUGUCCCCUCUUGUCUGUCUUGUUCGUCACGCACCCGCCCGUCGCCGAGACACCUCUCCCCCCGCACACCGGGAGUGUGGUUUAGUCGUGCUCUCUUCCGACGCGAAGGUGAGGGGGCUUCGACCGCGGCAAGCAAGACAUCGCAGCAGGCGGCAGCAGAGUCAAGUCAUGGGUCGCAAACGCAGACUGCCCGCGAGGGCCAGGGAGAAGCUCGUGGCGGAGGAGGUUGCCUCGGCCAUGGAAGUGGAGCAAAAGGAGGCCGUUCUGCAGCGAAAGCCGGACAAGGCCCUGUUCGUCGUAGAUGCUGCAGGCUCAGGGCGAAAGCGACGCAAGGUUGAGAAGGAAGCGAAGGCUGCCAAGUACCUCUCUAAGAACGAGAAGAAGCUGAUUGUUCACAAGUUCCUCGGCAAGGGAAAGCCUCGAGCCGUGGGUCGCAACCGAAUCUCCGACCCAUGGGCAGAUGAGGACCAAGACGAAGCGACCAACAACAAGAAGCCGCAGGAGGCCUUGCCGCCGUCCACGCCGGGUGAGAAGGAAGCAGAGGACUCGAACCCGUUGCUUUCUCUGAAAGGAGGGGCGGCGGCAAAAGCGACAGCUGCCAUGGAGGAGUCUGCAAGAGAGCCAGGCGGUCGGCAGGGAGGGGAAUACUUCGUUACGUCCCCUAGGGUACCGGGGCGGAAUGCCAAGCGUCCGAAACAUUCGGCUCGGAAUCUCGCCAAGCUGGGAGUGUGUCACCCGGGGCAGUCUUACAACCCGGCGGAGGAGGACCACGACGACGUGCUCGCGAGCGCUGUGGCUGUGGAGCUCAAGCGGCAGGAAGCCAUCGAGGAGGAGAGCGCGCCGAUUUCAGCCGGGAUGUCAGAGGAGACGCUGGCUGUCAUCAUCGGCGACGAAGACGACGAGGAAUCAUCCGAUGGUGAGGAAGACGAUGACACGACCGGCCUCUCUCUAGGGAAACCCACGCCGGCCUCGGGAAAGCUCACGCGGGCUCAGCGGAACAAACAGAAGCGGGCGAAGGCGGCCAAGCACGAGCUGGCCGUGAGACGCAACAGGAAGCAUAUGAUCAAGUCGAUCGAUCAAGUGACGGCUCUCCAGCAGGAAGUGGCAGAGCAAGAACGCCUUCGUGAGGAGCGCCGUCAGACGAAACGCCUGCUCAAGGCACAGAAAGCUAAGGUCGAGGCGGAGGGGGCGGCGGCGGGAGGCGUUUUCGGGCCCAGUGCGGGAGUGGCGGCCUUGAGCACUAAGCGCCAGAACAACAAGGACGUGAUUGCGGGGCGAUCGGUGCCGGUUAACCUGGGCGAAGAACUGCACGGGAGCCUGCGGCAGCUCAAGGCGCAGGGGAGCGUUCUUCACGACAAGGUGGAGCUUCUCAAGGCCAACAAGGCGCAUCCUGAUCGCAGGCGCGGGAAGGAGCGAGCGAAGAAGGCGCCCAAGGGCUUCAAGUACAAGCACACGUACAAGGACCGUUACAAAGACGACUGACUGAUCGGGCGCUUGUGGAGGCGACCUUGUUUGCGUAGACCCGGGUGUGCUGGACGUUAGUAAGACGGAGCGGUUGCGUUCCACGGACGGGGCUAGGUCAUGUUUUGAGGUCUGUGCCUCGAUUUCCGACAGGCCAUUGGUACGUGCAAGGGACAAUUACCGUUCACUGGGAGGUCGAAUCGAUGCCAAAAUACCGUAGUGAUCGCCAGGAUUUUGUGUGAAAAGCAGUGACCUGCGUGAAAAUUUUGAUUUUUUGCCUCCGAGAGACGGACGCUUUUCACUCAAUCACAGCAUCAGCUUGGACUCAGUAUUCGUACGUUAUGUUUGACAAUUGUGAUGAGGCGAUGGCGAGAGAACCCAUCGGGCUUGAGGACAAGCACAUCAGCUUACGCAUAGGAGGAUCUUGCCGAGUGGUACACGUCGGAGGAUCAGAUCUAUCGUGAAGAAAAGACUCCAAUGAUUAGGACCAAGACCGGCCACAGCAAUUUGACAAGGUUGCUGCGGAGGUCCUUUUCAUUUCACAUGCCACGGGUGAAGCUUGAAUCACCGGCGUCGUUUGUGUGUCGGUAGGUGUCUGUCGCGUUAGCCUACCUAUCAGGGCUGGCAAGGGCGGUGGCGUUUGCAUACGUCCGGUAACGAAUGAUAGUAUUAAAGUCGAUGAAGGCACAUCUAUGCAUACCAUGGAGACCUGUCUUGUGGGUUCCCGUCCAAGAAUAUGGUUGCUCUGCGCCUUGUUUUCGAAAAAUAAGGUCUGGAUUAGUCUGAAGCCCCUUGCAUGUCGCGCAUGCAACAAGUUGUACAGCUGUACACAACUUUCUAGUAUUUAUUUGUGAAACACGUUAGACAAACAAGCCUUGCCAUAUGGUUGGCUGUUGGUUUCAUGUAACAUCAUCGU